AUGACGAGUAAAUGAAUAAGAGUUGGGUUUAUAUCGACGCACAUGAGUUUGAGAUCCCGAUUUAUCACUUCUGUUACUAUUUGAACACAUUUUGGAACAUAUUUCUCCAGGGGACAUGUUACCUUCGUUUUUAGUGUUGCUGUGUAGUCUUAAUUUUCAAUUGGUAUUUGCAGACGAUGACGUAGGUAGUCAUGCACAGGAAACGUACAAGAUCGAGGGGAAAGUUUCUGUCUCUGGUGCUAAAUCGCAAGAAUGGGUACCACACACUCGUAUUCUUGUAGACGGUGGCUUGUUCAUCGGAUUUUUGAAGUCGGAUGGUACUUUUUGUGUAAACGAUGUGCCUACUGGUUCCUAUGUAAUAGAAGUAGCCAAUCCUACGUAUUCAUUUGAACCAGCCAGGGUAGACAUAACAUCAAAGGGGAAAAUGCGAGCCAGGAAACUGAAUCAUGUACAAAGUACAUCUGUUGUGACAAUGAGUUAUCCACUAAGAUUAAAAGCAAAAGGACAGACCAGCUACUUUCAAAAAAGAGAGCAGUGGAAAGCUACAGAUUUUCUAAUGAAUCCAAUGGUUCUCAUGAUGGUAUUGCCUCUUGUACUUCUCUUUAUACUGCCAAAAAUGAUGAACACUUCAGAUCCAGAAGUUCAAAAGGAAAUGCAGUCGUCUAUGAAUAUGUUAACACCAAAACAAGACUUGCCUGAUAUGUCAGAAUUACUCACUGGAUGGUUGUUUCCUGGUGGUAAGAAAAAAGAAAAAAGCAAGAGUGGAAAAAGAAAACCAUAAACAAUGUUUAAAUGCUCAGAAACAUGGUAUUGGUGGUGCAUUCAUCGAUCAGACAAGUGCUACCAUUUUCAUUUCAGUCAAUGAAAAUUAUUUCAGGACAAAAAAAAUUGCUUCAUUGAGUAGAAGUUGUGAUAAAUCUGUAAAUUUGCUAUGCAAUGUACUGUGUUGGUUCUACUUUACAGUUUGUCAGGUCUACCAAUAAUUAUUGUGAUGUAUUUCACAACUCUUCAGUUGAGUAUGUAUAUCAUCUACAGAAAUGCUCAAUUGUUUAUCAUUUAACAAUUUAAUACAAUCUUGGAAUGAUGUUUACGUGUCAUAAUAGUUUUAUUCUAAAUCUUUUUUUCUGAAAUCUUGAAAGCAUACAUUAAUUCUAUAUACAUUUGUAUGGUUUACUGUGUUUACUUUUGGUGCAUCUAUUACAUUGUGUGCAGUUGAAAUAUAUUCUUUUUUUUUUUUUAUUAUCAGUGUAUUAAAGGUUGCACAUACAAUUGUUAAGAAUUUUCUGAAGGCACUGUAUUCAGUGUUCUUCAUCCAGUAAUCUUAGUCAAUUGUGUGGCAAGGUAGGGUAGGUUACCUUUUAAUGAAAUGUUUGAUUCUGUCAGUUCUCAUCCAAUACAACACUGUUUAAAGAGUAUGUACCGUAAAAGAAUUGUGGGAUUCUUCAUUACGCAGAAAUACAAAUUUUUCUUUUAUUAAAUGUAAAUUUAAAGAACAGUGGUCAUUGUGUCAUACAUGUGCGACAUUUGUGUUGAUAAACAAUGAUUCAAUGCGCUAUCCUCAUGGAAAUCACAAGUACAUAUUUUGACUAAGGCACAACGUACUCUAAUUACCGCCGGUGACUCUUCCAAUCACCAAAGAAAUUACAUAGUUAAAGCUUGGUAACGUCUCAGUUUAUACUCAUCUUCGCAACGGUCCUUCGUAUGGGACCCAUAUCUCACGAAUGCGUGGCAUGAUGGCCAUCGCCUUUAAUGAUUAUGGGCAUUAAAAGUUUACUACAGAUGGUACUAUUACAAUUUUAGUAUCGACGAAUCCUCACAUUUUUCUCUGAAAUUUAUAUAUCAUGUAGGACAGGUAUUUUGUCUUUUACAUUGUGAUCAUUUUGCUUUGAGACAAUUUAUUACCAUCACAAUUGAAAAUCAAGCCAUGAAUAGACAAUUGCAUUUCUGUUUUUAAUUCUGUUGUAUUUCACUGCUCCACAAGAUUGUGUCGUUUUUGCCCUCAUUCAUUUCUGUUAUUCUCGGAUGCUUUCAGCUAGGCAAUGUGUUCAGAUUUACUUUUAGGUAGGCAUACAUAUCCUGGUAAUUUUGUACAAGUCUUUCAGUAGAAGAAUCAAGACCAGAUUAUGUUUUUAAUAGAAUAAUAAAACACUACCUUUUUUGUGCAGUACACAAUUCAACAUUUUUAACCUGUAGUUAGUUAACCUGAACUUAAUCCUUUAAUCUAUUCUUAAAAUGCUGUAUUUAAACAUUGACAAUCAUAUUCCAAAACAAGCCAUUGAGAAUGUCACAGCCACUUCUAUUGUACAAAUGUAACAAAUGAAAAAUCAGAAAUUAUUUAUUUGAUGAAUUUUUUGUGGAAA